AUGAUUGCAACCAUGCGGUCUCACACGCAGGAAGCACGUAAGCUCCGAUACCGAAUGGCUCGCAGACACCCCCCCUGGACGCUGUUCUUCGUAGUCGUUGGGAACGGCGCUGCUUUGCGCAUGCGAGCCGUUGAAUGGCAUGACAUUGUCAACCAUAGACCUUCUGCUAACGGCUACGUUGCCACGGGCGUUCGUGACAAGCAGAGAAAGCGGCCCCCUAAGCAUUGUCGGGUCCCUCGACCGCAUGACCUGUCGGAACAUGAUGCAAGGCUACGUGCACGAGAGGCCCGCCUCACGAAGAUGGAUCACGGGAGUCAGACACAGAAGACCUACGCUCUUUGGAUACCAUAUGCCAUUGCCUAUGCGACCUGCGCGCGUGCAACUUUUGCUGACACUGGUUUGUUUGGUCCUUGCGACAUCUACAGUCCCAUAAAUGCUCACUUGCUUGCACUGUGGUUGGUUACGAGGCUAGCGUGCGUUGAUUGGCAGCUUUGCGAGCGAAAGUGGGGCAAUUCUUUUUUGUUUCCUGCGCUCUGUGGCUUGAAGAGGUUCCUGCCUCGUUCCGGUCAACGUGCUAUGCUAAGCCGGAGAUUGCGGGAAUAUUGCGACUAUAAGCGACUGCCUUUUUGUCUUUUGCGAUUUGCUUCUCCUGAUAAGGAGUCCAUACGCGUUCUUCGAAGGAUUCUGGUCCUAUACAUAAAUUCGGCCGCCAGGUUUUCGCUGGCUGAGAAGUCCUGGCUAAAGUCCCGCUUACGUGUACAAGUUGGGAAAUGCCGCACUUUCAAGUCGUUCUGGAACCAUGUGCAAGUUGCUGGGAACGCGUCGUUGACCUCGCUCGAAGGCAUGAGCGAAGAGGACCUGACCUCCAUCAUGUCAGGACAGGGUUUCCUUCGUUCCGAAAAGAAUUGGGAUGUUAGAUACAGGUUGACGUUUGCUGAGCGUGUGCAGUACAUCCGUGAUGAAACCAUGAAGGGUCUCAUGAAGCUUGGUUUGCCACGACGUGAACUCGCUGGUCUCCACUCUGCGGUGUCUUCAUCCUUGCGGUCGUCUGUGGAAGUAGACAAGUUACUGGCUCGACAACAACGUUCAGCGGAAGCAUAUUCUCGCGAAACUAAAGGCUUGCAGUUCUACAGAUUACGCCGCGCUGUUGUUCCGGAUGACAAAAACAAGAAAAGUGCUUGGAUCCUCCCAAAGCUGGCGUACCAGGUCCUGUGCCUUGCAUUCGUGUGCUUAUCCAGCACAUGGACGUUUGUCAAAUACUCUCGUUCCUACGCCAACAAGGUGCUGCUUCAGCGCAUGAAGGAUACACUGGGGGUGACCUUGAGCGCGCGGUUAGGACUUCGUGAUGGUGUGUGGGUACUACCGUAUGUCUACACGACGUUGAAGAGCAAGUGUUUUUUCGACGGUUACCAAGUAAGGCGAUGCUGCAAAAAACUUUCACACUCCUGUGUUCGGAAGAUUUGCAGCUAUGCCAAAUGGCCAAAGCGACGGGUCUGGCAAUACUUCAAUCGAGGUGCCGAUGUGAUCCUGCGAUGUUUGUGUCCAGGUUUUGAAGCUCAUGGUUUGAAAGAUGCAACCGCCAAACUACGCGAAGGCCUCAGGGAUCUGGAUGUUCCUGGCAAUCCUUACACCUGCCUCAGGUGCCAGGCUGAAAAACAGCGCUUCACUGCAAUCGUCGCAGAUGCUGGUCAGUUUUACGAAGAAGUCGCUCCCCAACGUGCUCUACAAGCUGGGUUCUCUGUUUUCUCCGCAGCUGCUUCUGCUGGUUGGAAAGGGGUUGCUGUUGCUCGCACUCGGAAGUUCUUCGGUUUCAUGACUUGCGACUUGCAAGGUGGCCGUGGAAAGUUUGUACGCCUGGGCUUACCUGACAUUUUUGCUACUUUUUCGACGGCCAUCAGCGUUUCCUUGGUGUCAGUGGGCCAAGCAGUCGCUAUGUUGAGCGGUUUGCCGAUCGGCGGUCUGAUGAGCAAGCUAGCUUCAAGUAUGGUUCUUUGCCAAGAAGAAGAAGCUUGGAAAGCUAGUUCUUCACGGAGGGCGCAUGCAGGCUUUUAUUCCUUGCGAAAUUCUUGGAAACGAACUGUUUGCCACGUCAGAUAUGUCGAUGAUGUAUUCUUGGGCACCCACAGCUUUUGCAAAGGUUGCCUCGUCGAUCUCCUUCUUCAUGUCUAUGAUGAGCGCUUCGAUGUUGCCGAAGAUGUUUUUCCCCUCCACUUCUUAGACAUGGUAGUGGGUUCCGACAAAAGCUUGACUCCAAAACGUAAGAAGCUACAGAUCCCUCCCCCAUGGGCGACAUGGGGCAAGGGGGGCAACAAAGGCCAGUACAAUCAGUGGUCGUCUAAGAACUGGAACCGUAGCAACUGGUCUGGUGGCCAUCAGCAGUCUUGGGGUGGAAAAGGUAGCUCCUCGAGUUUUGAUGCUGGAAUGGCUUAUGCCAUGUGGAUGGGAGAUCGGGAAAAUUCAGCUCGGCGUCAUUCCCGCAAGAAGCGCUCGCACCGUGGGGAUGCUUCUUCAGGAUCUUCUCGUUCGUCAUCUGCAGACACUCACAAGCGUUCCAGGCAAGCUUCCAAACUCAAGCAGGAGCUAUCCGAGCUUCGUGCCUUCAAGGAGAAGACUGAGCAAGCUGCUAUUGAAGAACAGAAGCACAAGGAGUUGAAAGAACUCGAACAGCGUCUCUGGGAAAGGUUGCAAUCCACAGGUGCACAUGCGAAGCCUGCCCCGCCAGCUGGAAAAACUGCAGAAAAUGUCAUUUUGUCAGGGCCUCAAAAGCGCCUGGCUGCCAAAGUGCUGGAUGGGACUAUCUCAGACCUGUCAACAGUGAAAGCUUGGGCUGACAUCGUUUCUGCUGUGGAGUCCAUGGAAGGCCGCCAGCUUCUGGAAGUGCUCAGGAGCGAGGGUCUUGCCACUCCACGGGCGUGCAAAGAUCGCCAGGGCAUUUUGCUUGCACAUCUGCAAGAGGAGCUGGAAAUCAAGGCUCUCCGAAUCAUUUCUUGCGACGAGCUGGGAAUAGGGGCUGCUCUUAACCAAUCUGGGAUCCCGCUACAACCAGCGGCUGCAUACACAGUCCGAGGGAUGUCAGCUUUGGCGUGCGCUUUCAUGAUGCAACGCAUGAAGGCCAUUCGGGCCAUCAGCUAG